CACAGCUUUAACUAACGAGUACACGCUAUCGAGUUUGCUCUUCUCUGGGUCUACCCAGUCCUUGUAAAUGGAAAUAACAUUAACACGGUUGUAAUAACGUAAAUGAAUUGUUUUUCUGGCAGAUUUCUUGGGCUCUGUCUGAGGCCUUUGGAAUCAGAAUCUCUGAGGUUGGCACCCAGAAAUCUAGGGCACUUUUAAACUGAGUUUUUGGGUGCUCCUCAAUAUUUGAGAAACCUAAUUCUGGAAAGGGGGGCGGACAGAGAGACACUGCAAAUUAUUUUUAUGCUUUUUCAAUGGUGGUAGGGCUAUGGACUUUGCCUGUGUGUGUUUCAGUAUUUUCCAAAUAAAACAAUAGGAAUCAGGGGUCCUGACACUUUGGCAGUCCCACUUAGUAUGGGGCAGAAGACGUCUAGUCUGACCCUCUCUUCCUUCCCCCAGACCUUUCGCAAACGCCCGGCCCAUACAUUUGUUUGCCCCAGAAAACUCUUGUGGUUAAUGAGUCACAGAAAAAAAGGAAUUGAAACUUAUAAGUGAAAGCGACAAGAGUUAAAGAAUGGGUAAGGGAGGGGCGCACCGGACUCUCCACCAACAGCGAAGUCGGGAGGCACGCCAAUACUUCCGGCGACGCUACCAAAAUAUUGGGCACAUUUCUCCCAAAAUACCACCCAUCACUCCCACAUCACCCACCAAGAAACUUCGUGUCUCAGUCACCUCGCAAACCGGGAAGUGGGCAGUGAACAGGGCUUAGUCUCCGGGGGAAGCAAACGGAGCCGCAGGACGCCUGGGUCCACACGGGUCCCCAGAGAUGUCUCCCCCACCACUGCUGCUGCUGCUACUGUUGCUGACCAUGGAGCCCACUGAGGCCACGUUGAUCCGGAUCCCACUUCGCAGAGUCUACACUGGACUCAGGGCCGUGAACCCACUGAGGGGAUGGGAUAAGCCGGCAGAGCCCCCCGGGUCGGGGGCUCCAUCCCCUGGGGACAAGGACUUCUUUGUGCCUCUCUCCAACUACAUGAACGUCCAGUAUUACGGGGAAAUUGGGCUGGGAACGCCCCCACAAAACUUCUCUGUCGUCUUUGACACUGGUUCCUCCAAUCUCUGGGUCCCGUCCGUGAGAUGCCACUUCUUCAGUCUGCCCUGCUGGCUGCACCACCGCUUCAACCCCAAAGCCUCCAGCUCCUUCCGGCCCAAUGGGACCAAGUUUGCCAUUCAAUACGGAACUGGCCGCCUAGACGGCAUCCUGAGUGAGGACAAGCUGACUAUUGGGGGAAUCACAGGUGCAUCGGUGAUUUUUGGGGAGGCUCUGCGGGAGCCCAGCCUGGUCUUCACAUUCGCCCACUUCGAUGGGGUAUUGGGCCUCGGUUUUCCCGUUCUGGCUGUGGGAGGAGUUCGGCCCCCGCUGGAUAGACUGGUGGACCAGGGGCUUCUGGAUAAGCCUGUCUUCUCCUUCUACCUCAACAGGGACCCUGAGGCAGCUGACGGAGGAGAGCUGGUCCUGGGCGGCUCGGACCCAGCACACUACAUUCCACCCCUCACCUUCGUGUCAGUCACGAUCCCUGCCUACUGGCAGAUCCACAUGGAGAGUGUGGAGGUUGGCACAGGGCUGACUCUUUGCGCCUGGGGCUGUGCUGCCAUUCUGGACACAGGCACGUCUCUCAUCACGGGACCCACUGAGGAGAUCCGGGCCCUGCAGGCAGCCACUGGGGGAGUCCCCCUGCUAAUGGGGGAGGUGAGGACCUGGUGUCUGGUGGGUGUGGUCUGGGGAGGCUAAUAGGGAUUUUAAUGGUGGACAUUGGGCAGGGUGCUCCAGCCUGCGGGUGGGAAUCGCAUGGCUAAGAGGUGUGCACGGGCUGAAAGCACUGGACCUUGUGAGUGAGAGGCCGGGGGUGAGUGAGAGGAAGCGAGGACACCUCCCAAGUGUCUACUCUAAGUGACUCCGCGGACAGGACCGGAUGAGAGUGAGUAAACUUAUAAUUAGUAUAAGACUAAUUACGUACACCUAUAGGCCCAGUAUGGUCCGUGGGCCACCAGUCUUUGAUUUUCAAUUAGAGGAAAAGAGGUUUUGAUCAAAUGGGAGUCUAGGGGAAGUGGCAACAACUAUAUAGGAGUGACGGAGAAGCCAAUAAGGCCACAGAAGACAGCAGAGCCUUGUGUGGUCAACACAAGGCCCUGAAUACCUAGCUGCCCAAAAUGGACAUUUCCCUGUUGCAUUGGGGAGCCACGGAAUUUGAGCAGAGAAGG